CUUUUAAAAGCCAGUGGUUGGCUGGUUUUCCGGACAUGAUGUGGUUGAAGCUGUCAUCGUAAUGGAAAUUCAUUGCUGUAGCUAUGGUAAAUCGAGUUUUCUGCCUGUGCUGAAUGCAUUAGUCUAAUGAGAUGUUUGCAGCUGGAGAGCUGAGCUGCUGGAGACUUUCAGUUUGCUAGCAGACAGGGAGAAGAUGGCUUUUGCGAGGGUCUGUGUGCAUGUGCUGGCAAUCAUCUGUCCUUCAAAUCAAAACAACAGUGAUCAGUAAGGAGACUGACAGCUGCUCUGCAAAGGCUAAUAGGUUCUGUGUUCUCUAUAAAGUGAGUGACUAUAUUAAAAGAUGCAGUCUCCAAGAAUACCUGGCAGAAAACGAGGAAGACCUCCACUUCAUUCAAACCCUUUGAAGAUGGCUGUCCAUAAUCUCUACAUUGGUUCAGCUGGAUCUAUUCCAACGGUAAAAAUUCCAAAGAAAAGAGGCAGAAAGCCAGGUUUUAAGUAUAUGAGGGCUCCUGUUCCACUGUUCAACUUACCUGAUGAAGGGUCCAUAGCAAAGUCGAAACGUUGUUUCUCUCUGCAUGCCCUCACAAUAAAUCUUCAAGCAUUGCAUCUUCGGAGUCUGAAGUCUCGUGUUGUUAUGACCCCAUUAGCAAUUUCUCCUCCUCGCAGCACUCCAGAGCCCGAUAUUAGCUCUAUUCCCCAGGAUGCAGCUACUGUGCCCAACUCUGCUGUUCCACAGGCUCUUACAGUUUGCAUAUAUGUGAACAAGCAAGCCAACACAGGACCUUAUCUUGAUAGAAAAAAGGUUCAGCAACUGCCUGAUCAUUUCGGGCCAGAGAGGCCUUCUGUGGUUUUACAGCAAGCAGUUCAAGCCUGCAUUGACAGCGCUCAUCAGCAAAAAAGUGUCUUCUCCCUGGUGAAGCAAGGCUAUGGAGGGGAAAUGGUAUCAGUUUCUGCAUCAUUUGAGGGCAAGCAGCACCUACUUAGCCUUCUCGUGGUGAACAGCAUUGGUUACGUCCUUCGUUUCCUGAAAAAGCUUUGUCGUAGCCUCAUCUGUGACAACCUGUUCAGCAAUCAGCCGUUCAUUCAGUACAGCACCGCAUCAGACAACCCAAAAGAAUAUGAUACAGGGAGGAUGGAGUCAGCAGAAACAGUAAUACCAGAAGAUUACUUGGUGGAUCCUGUGAACACAAAAAGGUAUAACGUGGACCCAUCAGAUUCUGCUUACAACUAUAUAGGCUCUGUUUAUCCUGCGAGGCAGAACUCUGGAGAAGGACGUCUUGGUGGAGCAUCUUGCAACCAUCGCUCUUCUGGGGGGCAAUCAUCUGUGGGUUUAAGACGGCAGGCAUCAAGCCCCACGAGUCAUGGAUCUUAUAUGGAGGGGAACAGAAGUGCCUCUAGUCCUGUGCCUGAAAACCAGGAGGCGUGUAGACCAAUGAGCAAAGACCCUUCUAACUGGAGUGUUGAAGAUGUUGUGUGGUUUGUGAAAGAUGCUGAUCCUCAGGCUUUAGGGCCUCAUGUCGACCUCUUUAGAAAACAUGAAAUUGAUGGCAAUGCUUUGCUGCUGCUGAAGAGUGACAUGGUCAUGAAAUAUUUGGGACUUAAACUUGGGCCUGCCCUGAAGCUCUGCUACCAUAUCGAUAAGCUGAAACAAGCCAAGUUCUGACAGUACCAGUUGGUACUAGUGUAGUGCUUUCACAAUAUACGGUACAUAUUGCCUUAUUUAAUUAAGAAAAAAGGCCAUUCUGAUGUUUUUUUUAUUGCCACUUUUUGUUGCUUUGGCUUCUGUUUUGAAAUAAGCAUAUUUCCUUCUUAUUUAUUGAAAAACAUUUAUAAUGUAUAACAGCCUGAAAAUGAUUGUACUAAACGUGGCUGUAUUCCUCAUCGAUAUUUGACCAUAAAAGCUGGUAAAGUGACCUGAUUUGUUUAAUCUUGUUUUUUAUAGGCAUGCAGCAUGAAAUACAACUGAUAUAUAUCACUAGUGACAUUUAAUAUAAAUGUUACUAUGGCAGCUGCAAAAUUCUUUGCCCCAUUACUAUAGUAACAACAAAAUGUCUUUUACAGACAGUGUAAAGAGAUUGAUGGGUAUAUUUGAGCAGUUUAAUGAGUUUUUAAGUAUCUUCUAAAGCCAGUACAUAAAAGAGACGGCUUUCUAUUUUUUCAAAUCAAAGUACUAAUAUAAAUAAGUUGCUACGUGUUCCUAUUGCCACUCAGUUUUAUGAAAUUAUAAAAAUGCUUCUGGCAGCUGACUGGCAGGGCCGCUCCUGCCAUAAGGCAAGGUGAGAACCUUGCUUCAAGUGACAUGGAGCAGCCAGUUACCAGGGGCUGCAAAAAGCCGUCCCUGGUAACUUUGAGAGCCGAAAUUUCAGUUUUUCAAGAUCCGUUUUGCAAUAGCGCUCCCUGCACUAGUGAUGCGGUCCCCCCUGGACCCGCACCAACGCUAAAUGUUAAAAGCGCAGAGCGGGUGGGUGGGGGCAGAGUUGUUGCUGUUGACAUUGAUUGCUACCAUUUUGAUUUGUGGAAAUGUGCUUUGCCUUAAAGGAGAACUAAAUCCUAAAAAUGAAUAUGACUAAACAUGCCAUAUUUUAUAUACUAAACUUAUUACACCAGCCUA